AUGGGGAUCAGGGUCAAGUGCGAUGGCGAUCAACGAUCACGAGAAAUCCGAGAUGGAAAGAAACGGAGAGAGGAGGAGGAAUUAAGAAUGGUAAAAUCUGAAGAAUCCGAGAUGGAAAGAAACGGAGAGAGGAAACGGAGAGAGGAGGAGGAAUUAAGAAUGGUAAAAUCUGAAGAAUCUGAGAUGGAAAGAAACGGAGAGAGAUGGUGA